CGCAGCCCGGGCUCCCGCGGCGCGGCGGCAGGGACGCCCGAGGCUGUCUGCUCCUUUCACCCGGGCACAGCACCUCCGGCGCGGCAGUGACGAGCUCCCCGCAGGCCCGGAGACCCCCGACGGGACGACCUUGGCGGGCGGAUCCCCGCCCCCACCCCGGUCCACGAGCUUGGGUCCGCCCUGCCCACCCUAGCUCUGGCACCGGUCGAGGACGGAGGCGGCGAGCGCGAAGGGGACCCUGCCUCCCUGCUCGUAUAUGGCAAAGUUUCUCGCGGCGCUCCUGGGCUGCACGCUGCCGAGCAAGGGCGCCUCUCCCGUGCUGGAGGGCACCAUCUUUAGCACACUGGCUGGUGAGAAGUCCUCAUCCGACUACAGUAAGGAGCAGCAAUGGAAGCCCGUGUACUGCAGCCUCGCUGCCAUGUGCCUUUCCAACCCUCUCCUUGAGAAGCCAGGAGGCAAAGUAAGACUGCUUCUGUGUCUUGUUGCAUGGUGUCAUUGGAGCGAAACGGCCUCAUUUGUUUUUUGUCUUGCGGUAUCGGGAGAAUUUAUCAAGUCCAUUUCAUAAGAAUACUUGUUAGAGAUUCUGAACUUGAAAGCCUUGGUUGGCACUAGUGAAAUUUGCCCUUGGCAAAAUGUUGAGCAUGACAAACACUGUAGGGAGCACCCCUGGCCUCAGCCACUGCCUGCCCUUCCAUCCCAGCGAAGCUCCCCCUCCUCCUCCAGUCUCCUGAGCCUCCUCAUCCAUUAGGACCUGUUAGAAGGACAAUGGUACACUUACAGUCACCACAUCUCGGCGUGAUGUUCACACACAGUUCUCUGUUUUAAAACAUUUGUUAUUCGAGCCACUUUGUAGCGUAAAGACGUUGCCUCAAAAUUGUGUCUGUGUUUACCCGCUGCUGUUCUGGACUUGAAACCAGACCCUUCCAGGGGCAGGAGCAACGGGAAGAGUGGAGGCUUCCUAGAGUUGUGCUCGUUAGAUUCAAAUCAAAGCUCUGAUCUCCACUGGUUCUAGAUUUUGUGCAAGUUCCUUGAUAAGAGGGACAUCAUCUAGCAGGCCUGCUUUAGGGGUCGUCACAGUGGCGGACUCCUUUAAUACAAAUCCGCAAAGAACGUGUUUCUUUAAACCCGUCUUGUUCUAUGUUUCUCCAAGAAUUGGACGGGUUAUAAAAAUGAGUUGAUCGAAUGAAAUGAAAGGCUAAAUAGAAAAUCUGGGCAAAGCAAGUCUCCAAAUGGCUUAACUGGAGGAACUGGAAGAGGGGCAACCCACUUCAAAAAGGUGGAGAGAACUGUACUGCACUUUCUAGGCACCACUUCACAUGAGGAGCAUGGUGCACCUGCUUUGUCACAGCCUGUCUGUCUUUGGCUGUUGAGAUACAUCUAUAGGUUACCACAAUCCAGUGCCUAGGAUGAAGUGUAGUCUCUUGGAAAGGAAAAAUCAAAAACAAAAGCAAAUAAAAACUCUUCACAUGGGUCUCUCAUUGAUGCAUAUGGGCAGUGGAGGUCUCUCUCCCCGUCCAACUCUGGGUAACCUUGCCCGAGCUGUGCAUCCUACCCAGGGAGUUGUCUGCACUGUGAAAUCCCCGAUGAGGAAGCCGCCUGUUUGGUCAGCAGUCCUGACAUUGAGCAGGCGUGGCAGGGAACAAGCCAAGCUUCCUGAGACCGUGUUUGCUCAGUGUUCAGUGAGGGUCUGUACUUCCCCUCUGCUGACUUCAGUUCAGUGAAAGGAGUUUCAUUUAUCCCAAUGAUAAAACAAAGAAAAUACUGCUCAGAGGUCACAAACUGCAUUAACAACCAUUCCAGCACCCGUUGCUUCACCAAGCUGCUGCCCCUUCCAGUCAUAGACUCUCACUAAACCACCACUCUGCCUCUGGUGUGGGAGCUUGGCCAUCUUCAAGGAUGAGGUCUGAAGUUGAUGCACCUCAAAGAGGUCUCGCUUGACCAACUGGCACGGAAUCAAGCCCAGUACGGCCAUUCUCGGUUCAAUGACAAGAUCUCUGUGUGUGCGUGUGUCUUUGACUUCCACAUCUACUAUGUGUAGCUAGCAGGUAGAUUUCUGUGUUUUCCCCAAAACUGUUGAGUUAAGAUGGAUCCCACUGGACAUUUUUUGUUCUCUCUUUUCUCAUAGCCCUGGCACCUGGGCUUAAUACAGUUGUUGGAAACUACCCUAGCAAAUUUACCUGUCAAUCACUCUGAUAUCCUCGUGCCUGGUGGGGGUGUGGGGAGGAGGGGUACAUGACCUUGAAAGCAGAGCUCAGCCUUCAUCUACAGGAGCCAAGGGAAGACAUUGGGUGGGAGCUGUUGGCACUGAUGUAACAUGGAUCUGCUCAGAAUCCAGCAGGCUUUUCUCACUGCAAAAAACAUAAACAGAACAAAAUGACAACAACCAAAACUUUCCUGUGGGUGAAUGACUGAUACCUAGACCUGGAUGGCCCCUCAACCACCAAAGGAAGCUGUCCCAGUCAAUUCAGGACCAACGCUUCCUUAGUGGAGAGAAAGGAAGGUCUUAAAACUUCCAGCAGAGAAUUCCAGUGUGAGUUCAUAAUAG